AUAGGGGCACUGGGAGCCCGAGUGAUCUGUGACAACAUCCCUGGUUUAGUGAGCCGGCAGCGGCAGCUGUGCCAGCGAUACCCAGACAUCAUGCGCUCAGUGGGUGAAGGUGCCCGAGAAUGGAUCCGAGAGUGUCAGCACCAGUUCCGCCAUCACCGCUGGAACUGCACCACACUGGACCGGGACCAUACUGUCUUUGGCCGUGUCAUGCUUAGAAGUAGCCGGGAAGCAGCAUUUGUAUAUGCCAUCUCAUCAGCUGGAGUGGUCCAUGCUAUCACUCGGGCCUGCAGCCAGGGUGAAUUGAGCGUGUGCAGCUGUGACCCAUAUACCCGUGGUCGGCACCAUGACCAACGAGGGGACUUUGAUUGGGGUGGCUGUAGUGACAAUAUCCACUAUGGUGUCCGCUUUGCCAAGGCUUUUGUGGAUGCCAAAGAGAAGAGGCUUAAGGAUGCCCGGGCCCUCAUGAACUUACAUAACAACCGCUGUGGUCGCACGGCUGUGCGGCGAUUUCUGAAGCUGGAAUGUAAGUGUCAUGGUGUGAGUGGCUCCUGUACUCUACGCACCUGCUGGAGAGCACUCUCAGACUUCCGCCGCACUGGUGACUACCUGAGGCGGAGGUAUGAUGGGGCUGUGCAGGUGACUGCCACCCAGGAUGGUGCCAACUUCACAGCAGCCCGCCAAGGCUAUCGCCAUGCCACCCGGACUGAUCUUGUCUACUUUGACAACUCCCCUGACUACUGUGUCUUGGACAAGGCUGCAGGUUCCCUAGGUACUGCAGGCCGGGUCUGCAGCAAGACAUCUAAAGGAACAGAUGGUUGUGAAAUCAUGUGUUGUGGUCGAGGGUACGACACAACUCGAGUCACCCGUGUCACCCAAUGUGAGUGCAAAUUCCACUGGUGCUGUGCUGUGCGGUGCAAAGAGUGCAGAAACACUGUGGAUGUCCAUACUUGCAAGGCCCCCAAGAAGGCAGAGUGGCUGGACCAGACCUGAACACGCAGAUACCGCAUUCAUCCCUCCACUUCAAGCCUCCAACUCAAAAAGCACAAGAUCCUUGCAUGCACACCUCCCUCCACCCUCAAUUCUGGGCUCGACAGCUUCUGAUAUGGACUUGGAGAGUGAUCCAGAGGGACCCCAAUGUCCUGGCUGGUUCCUUAGCCCUGGGAAGGAGUUGAUAGGGGAUGGAUAUGAGACUGAGUGGCUCCCUGAUGUUCCAUCUGGAGGUUUGAAGGGAGAGUAGAAGAGGUAGGAGUCUGUCUUCAGAGUGAUUUGGAUUGCACUAAAGUCAAGGCUCAUUUUCCCCUUUGCUUGCACUGACUUCUGAUACUCUUUGGGUAUGCAACAGAAAGGGAAUCUGGAAGUAGCUUCCUUUUUGAUCCUACUGUAGCCAAGGACAGAUAGGACAGAGAUAAAAACUGUCUGUCCCUUCAUUGGAGACAGUUUGUGCAGACAAUCUUAGGCUAUAGUAUUCUGCUGAGCCCCUGAGAUAGCUAGAUGUGUUAGCCAUGGUGAAUAAGGCUCCAUCUCAUGCUCUUACACAGUUUUUAAACUAGUGGUUUUACGAAGGAGAAAUGACAUAAUUACAAAUACACAGUCUCUGUAUCUCCUUUUCCACCUACAUCAGACAACAGCAGCAUGCUCACUGGCUGCCUGUUCAGAGUGAGGUAGCUUGCAGUGGUUCAAAAUCUUAGUAGACCAUUAGAGCCCUGGAACAGAACUGUGAGAGAAUAGUACAGUAAGCCUGGCUAGGCCUUGGGACAUUCCCCCUAUCAAUUUUUUUUUUAAUUUUUUUUUUUUAACGAGCUAACCCCAUGUUAGCUCGGGCCUUUCAUCCAUCCACCAUGGUGGAUGGCUAGAAAAGAGCCCCCCUAUCAAUUAUCCUGGACAUUAGGUAGGUUUGGAAAAGACUAAGUAAAAGGCAGGCAACUCAUGGGAGGGUAAGCACAGCUGAUCUCAAGGGCUGCAUGAGGAUCAGUGUCUACUAGGCAGGCAGAGAGCUCUCAUUUUGGCAGUUCUCUAGGUGAGGACCUUCAGCAUUGAAGUAGGAACAAAAGCAAGUGACUAUAUAAAGAACUAGCUGGUGCUGGAGCCAACGUGCAAAACACCUUAGAAGACAGUAGCCUUCCCCCAUUUACUCAGCAAAUCUUUAUUUUGUGAUUCUCCAAGUCCUACUGAUAACUACUGUCCAUUCCAUGAUUGACUUAAACAGGGAGGGUUCCCUCUAUGCUACUAGCCAUUGCCUAACUACCAUAUGCAGUAGUGGAGUCUUCGAAGGCAGCAGGCAUGGUAAGCUAGAAGGUAGGACAUGGGAUUUGAAAUCUUGAUGGCCUAGUUUUAUGUGACCUACACAGUGACCAUCUUCUUGCCUAUUGAUAAACAGCAACAGUAUUGAAAUCUGCAGUUAUGACAGACCUAGGUUUAAUCCCAGCUAUUUACUUACUGUUUCUUAUUUUCAGCAGGAUCUUUAGAUUCUCCUGGCCUAUUUUCUUAUCCAUAAAAUGAGGGUGCAUGCCUCACUCAGAUAUUGAGAUUUAACUUGUGUCCUAAACUCCAGCCAACAGAUAUACUUCAUCAAGCCUCUGACUGGUCAAGUACAUCCUAACUUCUCUAGGAACUUCUAAUUCAGGACUGGCUGGUCUUGACAACAGACUGGAGAUUAAGGAGCAUUCACAAGGAAUUCUGCAUAUAGGAGCUCUCUCUUUCCUCAGGUUCCUCUUCAUCCAAUCGGGCUCUCAGAUGUUUGUGGAGCAACUUCAUUUUGCCCAGGCAGCAGCAGGAGGUGGUGUGUGUGUGUUUGUGUGUGUGUGUGUGUGUAUGGCUCUGGCCACGGAGGCAGAUUUAUUUGGAUGCUAGGACUAAUAUUUGUGUAACCUGC